GACAUAUUCCCUGGCAGAAAACAGGGCAGCUGAAAACUGGAAAAGAGGUUGGUCUUUUCACUAGACUGAGGCACCCCCUUCACAAACUUCAAUGUGCCUCUUCAAUAAGAGAGGCACAGUUGUAGCAAAAACCACUGGUUUUUCUUCUUCCUCCUCCUCCUCCUCCUUUUUCUCCCCCCCUGCUGAGUACUUUUAUUUUUAGUAGCAAGAAGCUCAAUCACAUUGCCUUUAUCAUCCUCAGGACUUGGGGGUAAUCAUCUUACCUAUAGACAUGUUUUGCACUGUUUGACUAUUUUUACUUUUUUUUUUUUGUGUGUGGGGUUUGUAACUUGUUUUGUGGGGGUUUUUGGGGUUGUUUUUGGUUGCUUGAUUUGUCAAUUGAUGGUCUCAUACUGGUUGUUAUUCACCCUGAACCUUCAUCACUCUCCUCCCCCUUAUUUUAUCUCUAUUUUUGGCGUUGCUCCUAUAGUUGGGAAAUUUUAGUGUUUGGUAUUCAUGAGAAAUAUUGAGGUAAAUUUUAGUCCUUAUAGCAGAUCGUCAUAGCAUCAUCUAGACCUUGUUUGGCUAUGGUUUCUCAAGAGUUCUCGAAGGAUACGAGCUCCGUUCAUACCGAACAUAUCGCCUAUAAUCUACAGUUUCGACCAGACAGUGCACCGCUUUUCGUCAAUCCAAAUGAGGAACACAUGAAUAAUUUGAUCAAUCAUGAAGCACAUAAACAGUACGGAGGUGUUGGCUAUGGAAAAGGACACGGGCUUUCGCUGACUCUUGGUAACAGUGAGAACAAUAACAGAGUUUAUAAUUCCAUGAAUCCUUAUAAUCAUGUUCUGAACAGUAUGGCGUCGGCUCUAGUAGCCCUUCAGAGCUCUCCAUAUAUGAAACCAGCUCAGGAGUUGUUAGAUGAAGUUGUUUGUGUGAGCAAUGCAGUUGAUUCUGAACAUGACAAGCAAGCUCGAAAGUGUUCCGAGAUUAAUUUGAAGCAAUUUGAAGCAAAUUGCUACUCAGCAGACGAGAACGAUGCUGUCCAUAUCAAAAUCAGCAAGCUUGUUGCCUUGUUAGAUCAGCUUGAGAGCCGAUGUGAUUACUACUUUCAUCAAAUGAACACAGUAGUAUCGUCAUUCGAAUCAAUAGCAGGCAUAGGGUCCGCGUCAUCAUACACUGCCCUCACAAUCCAAGCCAUGUCUAAACACUUCUCCAACCUCAGAGAAGCUAUAAUCACCCAACUAAAUUCCUCAAGAGAAUCUCUCUCCAAAAAUCCACCACGAAAUCAACAUAAGAGUGGGACUCUUCAGCAGCUCAGCAUGGUACAAAUACGACAGGUUUGGAGACCGUUAAGGGGUCUUCCGGAAGGAUCAGUUGCAUGCCUUCGAUCUUGGCUUUUCGAACAUUUUCUUCACCCUUAUCCAACUGACAGUGAGAAGCUCAUGCUGGCUUCGAAAACAGGCUUAACAAGAAACCAGAUAUCGAAUUGGUUCAUAAAUGCACGUGUUCGGUUAUGGAAGCCCAUGAUAGAAGAAAUGUACAAAGAGGAGUUUGCAGAAGAUAUGGAGGAAUAAAUCCCAAAAAAAAAGUUUAAAAAAAAGAGGAGCAUUUGCUGAUAUCCAUAUUAUUGACGAUAUUUUGAAUUUGUAAACGUUUUGAGGUUGUAACAAUUCGCAUGUUGAAAAGAUUUCCGUGUUAUUCAGAGAAUCAGAUA